AUGCUCAAUACUGGGAUCAACGAAAGGCUCCACCACAACCUAACAUCCCAGACGCCAGCAAAUCCGACCAACACCCUCCACAGUUUCAACAGAAACAUUGUCCUAUUUGAUGGAGUAAUCAACUCCAAUGAUUUCCUUUCGGUAGUAGAAGUUGUAAUUUGGAAUACGCAGACAGGAUUCAAGGGAUGCUUCGCCAAAACCUACUCAGGCUUGUUUAGCCCAUUGGUCAUCGAAAGCUUAGCAGCUUGGGAAGGUAUUGUGCUGGCGUUAUCAAAAGGCAUAAAUCACCUAACCCUAGCUGGUGACUCGUCAUUAGUAAUUCAUCGCCUAGAAGUAGAUGAUAGUGAUCUCUCAGACCCAGACCUGAUUCUGUCUGAUGUAAAAUCCCGCUUUGAGAACUUCUUAGAUUUCAGUUGUUGUUGGGUCAACUGUAGAUUAAAUGUCUUUUCACAUAGUCUAGCCCAAAACGCAAAGUCCAAGCGUGGUUUUGAGAAAUAUUGGGAAUCUAUUCCCGUAUUUGUAGUUGCAGCCAGCCUGGUGGUUAACUUACUCAUGUUUCUUCAAGUUCGUUCCAAAGUUGAGGAAGAGCAUGUUGUAGGAUUCGAUGAAGCAGCGGAGGAAGUGGAAAAACUUCUCACUGGAGCUCCAGAAUGUUUAGAAAUUGUUUCAAUUGUGGGAAUGUUAGGACUUGGGAAGACAACCCUAGCAAGAAAAUUGUUUAAGGAUCCGGAUGUUGAUUAUGAGAAACAAUACCUGGUUGUGUUAGAUGAUAUAUGGGAAAAGGAAGAUUGGGAUAAUUCCAAAGGCGUUUUUCCAAAUUACGAGAAGCGUUGCAGAGUGUUAAUAACUACUCGCAAUGACACAGUGGCUGAGUAUGCAAAUCCACAUGUAGAACCUUAUAGGCAGAAAUUCUUGGAACUACAUGAGAGCAGAGAAUUACUUGCAUGGCGAGUUUAUGGUAAAAAGAGUUGCCCCAAGGAAUUGGAAGAGCAUGAGGUAGAAAUUGCAGAAAAAUGUGUUGGACCACCAUUGGCCAUCGUAGUUAUUGAAGGUCUCUUACAACAGGAAGGGAAUGAAAACUUUGAGGAUAUGGCCGAACUAUACUUGGAUGAGCUCAUACAUAGAAACCUUGUGAUGGUGGGAAGAAAAAGGUCAAAUGACAAAAUUAAAACUUGCCGUAUGCAUGACACAUUACGUAAAUUUUGUAAAAGUAUAGCGGCAGAGGAAAAUCUUUUUCACAAGAUCAAGAAGGAUAAAUCUCCAUUCUCUUUGGCUAAGGCAUUUUUGGAUCCUCGCCGGCUUUGCCCCAACAAUGUGAAUGUCAUUAAGUACAUGAAUGAAAACCCUUCCGAUUCAAUCCCUUAUUUUCACUCGAUUCCUGUUGACCUUAAUUAUCUAAUUCUCUUGAAGUACCAAGCUAUAUCUUCCAAUUUUUCGAUUCUCCCUUCAUCGAUGUCUGACUUGUGGUGCUUGCAAACUCUUAUAGUACAAAUGACAUCUCCUAACCUUGACAUCAAAGCAGACAUAUGGAAGAUGUUACAGUUUAGGAAUUUGCAUUCAAAUGCAUCCAGUAGCUUCCCAUGCCCUAAAUUCCUUGAGAAGAAGAGUAAGGAGGAUGCUUUGGCAGGUGAGAAUAUCCAAACAUUAUCCACCAUCUCUCCGGAAAUUUGCACAAAAGAUUUGUUUGAUAGAACUUCCAAUCUCAAGAAGUUAGGUAUAAGAGGGGAUUUAACCAAGGUUGUCAAGGCCAAUGGCGACUCCAGCUUAUUCGAGGAGCUUUGCAAACGCAAGUACCUAGAAAAUAUGAAGCUGCUCAAUGAUAAUGCCUCCAAGAAAUUGUACUCUCUUCCAUUAUAUAAAAGCUUCCCUAGGCAUUUAAGUAAGCUGACUCUAACAAAAACUUUUUUGCCUUGGAAAGAGAUGUGUACAUUAGGCAAGUUAGAGAAACUUGUGGUCUCAAGAAAAGAACACACGUUCAAAGGAAACUGUUGGAACACCGAAAAGGGUGGUUUUCCCUGUCUCAAGAACUUGUACAUUGGACACAUGGAAUUGGUGGCUUGGGGAGAAGCUUCAGCUGAACAUUUCCCAGUAUUGUGGAGUCUGGUAUUAUAUAACUGCGAUAAACUCACUGAUCUUCCACACGGAUUGGAGGAUAUCUCGAGUUUCCAAUCAAUUGUCCCGCACUGCAUCCUUCGGUGGCUUUCUGCUAGGAAACUUGAAUUGGCUAAGAUAAAGAAAAAAGACAAUAGAAACAACAGCUUUAAGCUCUGCAUUUACCCUCCAGAUCAUUGA